AUCCAAUAGGCGCUGGGUGUUUCGCUGUGCUGACCAAUAGGAGCGCGUGUGGGGCGGGCGAACGGCGUCAGGCAGAGGCUGUGAGGCGGGGGAGGGGCGGCUCCUCCCGGCUGGCGGCGGCGAAGAUGGCGGAUUUUUUGAAAGGAUUACCUGUCUACAACAAAAGCAACUUCAGCAGAUUCCAUGCAGACUCUGUAUGUAAAGCAUCAAACAGAAGACCAUCGGUAUAUCUUCCCACGAGAGAAUACCCAUCUGAACAAAUUAUAGUAACAGAAAAGACAAAUAUACUUUUGCGUUAUUUGCAUCAGCAGUGGGACAAAAAGAACGCAGCAAAGAAGAGAGAUCAAGAGCAAGUGGAAAUUGAAGGUGAGAACUCGGCGCCACCACGAAAAAUCGCUCGGACAGACAGCCAGGAUAUGAAUGAGGACACUUAAACUCUCGGGCCUCUGCUCUUCUACUUUGCAGGCGCUUCCCAUUUUUUGUCUCCAAGUGUGUAAAUUUUGCCCCUCGCCCCCAUCUCUCACCCCUCCACUAUGCAGCCCAAACCACUUCUGACUUCAUAGGAGCCAAUGUAUUUAUUUUUAUUUUUUUCUCCUUUUUUUCUUUUUUUUUGGUUUUUCUUUUUAAUUUAUGCCGUAAAACUUGCGGAGCAAUGGUGGAACAAUCCAGUGAAAUAUGUAGUGUAACCACAGCUCCUCCUUUCUAACAACAUACACCAUCACUUUAACAGGUUUUAUUAACUCUGUUCGCUAACCAACCAGCUCCAGCUGUGGAAGCCUGGGGAGGAGCCCCUAGAGUGGUGUACAGGCUUUCAGAUUCACAUACCCAUUGACAUAAGUGGUUAACUCUUCUUUGGAUAUGCCCAGUCCAGCUAGAAGUGUGGGGGCCUUGCUGAUUUUUCCUCCAGUUUUCUGCAAUUGGCACUGCAUUUAAGUGGGGGGUGGGAGGGAGGGAAAGAAAAUCAUGGAUGUCAUUUUGGAUUAUGUUGAUCUUAGCAAACGUGUUGUCAACUCGGUCUAUCAGUUGUAUUCUUUUGGUCUGUUCUGUAAGGGCCACAGUCAUUUAGCAGCGUACGUUAUCUCAUGCAUAGGUGGUCGUGGAGAAUUCAAGUAAAAGGUGUGUUGCUUGUGUUGCUCUUAAAUUCGAACAGUCUCUUGGUCUUGGACAGACUGAUAUGUGCAACUUCUCCGUUGGAAUAAAUGGAUACUUUGAUCCUAUACUGAGUUAUUUGAUCAGCAGUGUAUUUGAGCAGCAGCUGAUGGAUGCAGUGAGGUAGGCGCCUGGUGGCUGAGUCUGGGAGCACCUCGGCAUCUCCAUCUGGUUCUGCCUCUGCUGCUGGCUCUGACUGAUGGUACGCUGUGCUUUCUGGUGAUAUCAGCCUCUCUGGAAUUGGAGUCCAGGACUUAGAGUUGAUCCAAACGUGAGCUUCCGUGGUCUGUGCUUCAGACCCAUCUCUUUCGGACUGUGACAGCUCAGUGCCUGUUACCUGAACCCUCACUGACUUCACUAAGAGCAGAAAUGGAGCCCAUAAGUCACCUAGAUGGAUCCAGAGUUCAGAGACCAAAAGGAAAUGACCGCCGCCACCCGAAGGGGACAGGAGGUGUAGCUUAGUAACGACGUCUUGUCUGCUUUCACGUAAGGAGCUGACUUCACACUGUGUUAGUUGAAAUCAAUACGUUUAUAACUGUGUUUUUUUUCCUCGUUCACGAAUCCAAAACGCUGAGAAAAGAGAUGCUGGAUAAACUCAGUGCUGUGCAGCCACGAGCUUGGAGAACUGGACUUCUGUGCCUCCCUUCUGCAGACGCCACGUGGUCAGAUGUGGGGCAAAGGGAACACGAAGGGAAAUACUGUUGUUUGUGACUGCACGUCGUGAGGCAGAACCUUGGGGAGAGCAGGGCACAGCUCUGUCAUGGCUGUGUCUUUAAAUGUAUGCUAGGCACCAAGUGAAUGAAGUUAAUGCUCAGUAGGUUAGGUUAGAUCUCUGUCCCUGCCUUAGUAACCUCCUCAUUACUGGAAUGUUGCUGAAAAUGCCAACCGUGUUGGUGAAGAGAAUACUUGGAAUUCCUUGAGAUUUACUGGCAGUGGUGAGAAGACUGUCCAGAGUUAUGCUGUCAAAAAGUCCUUCUGUGCAAGAUGCUGAUUGAAGGCGCUGCAUUAACAUCUGCUCUCACAGGGAUCAUCUAAAGCUGAGACUGGGAGAAUCCCCUUUGAAGAACUGUGAGAUACCAAAAGAGGAAACGGACCCGGAGCUGGUGGUAAAGUGUGACCAAUCCACGUGUUGGGCAAGUUGGAGAGCUGCAGCCAUGCAGGCUCAAGUUUGUACAGUGCUUUAAAGAUGUAAAAUGCUGUAUACUUGAUUGAUAUGGCAAGGUUUGGGCUUUGCUGACUUCUCUGCUAGACAGAGCGAUGUACUAUUAAAGAGAGUUGGCACUUCCUUCCUGUUGUAAACCCCCGUCUUUGUUCCCUCGGUGUCUUUGGAAAUGAUCUGGAGCCUUUGCAAUCUUUCAGAUGCUUUUAAGAGGUGGGAGAAAGUUGCCUUUAUUUUAACUAGUUCUGAUGUGAUGGAGGAAAUAUCAAACUUGUCUCUUUUUUUUUCUCCCCAUUUCUGGUUGUGUACAAGCAGUGUGGAUCUCUAAUAAUCACAGUGAUUCUGCUUCCCAUCUGACCCAAAGCAAGAGCUCGCUUCUUUCCUCCUCCCUCCUCCAGCCUGCUGUCUGUGCUGCCUCACGCAAGCUGUCCUCAGGCUGUUGCACUUUGAUCCUAUCUGUCUCAUAUGUGGUAAGUGUCUCGGGUUGGAGUGUUGCAUGGAAGGUCUCCUUUGACUGUGACUUCCUGGUGCCUUAGUGCAUUGAGAACAACAAAAACAAGCAAACAAGCCCUUGGAUUUCUUUGCUGAGCGCACUGUUUGUACAACACCUGGCCAUUCUGACUCUUGUUACAAGGUGACUGAAAUUUAGUGACCCUCAGGGGUUUUUUUUGUAUGUCGGCGUAGUGCUAUUUGUAUUGUUUCUGUUACGAUGUAUACUUCAAGGUUUGGCUUUUGUAAUGAAAACUUGAGAUACUUGUCAGAGACCAGAAUAUUACUGUUCUAAUUAUGCUUAUGAUUUUUUUAUUAUUAUUAUUUUUUAGUGGAAUAGGGAAUCUUUGCUCAAUAAUCAAAGCAGCAGAACUGCUUCUUUCUACAAGGGGAUGACAGCAGGGCGCUCCUGGGAGCAGCUGAGGUGUGAACUGGGUGAGUGUGGGAUAUCAGAAAGUCAGGCACUGCCUUUGUGUUUAACGUAUAGCUGUACCAGUGACUGAUGGGCAGGGAACUAACCUUAUGUUGAGGCUAAUUCUUGGCAUCAUAGGAACAUUUUACUUACCCUAUUCCUAACACAUAAGUUAGAGGUGUUGGAAGACUAGAUGAACACGUUCUGUUCUGCAGGUGGUUCCUGCUUUGUAUUGUCUGGUGCAGUUUGGUACAGGUAGCGUGUUUGGCUUCCAACCACCUCCCCACUUCUGUCCUUGGCUGUGCACCCACGCCAUGCUGUCCAUGCUAAGAGCAGGGGAAUGGGGGUGACCUCUGUAGUGAACACAGGGGAAAAACAAAAUGCAGCAGAACCUGUGGCUGGGAGGUUUGUUUGUGUACAGAGCUGACAGGUUGGGAAGGACUGAAGGCGUGUGUGAAAGUUCCUAACAAGCCCCAUAAGUGCAUUAAGCUGUGAAGAGCAGUGCUGAGCAGAAGGAUGGAAACGUGGGCUGGAGGGGAUGGGGUGUAUGAGGCCAUGGCUCAGCAUGGAGGACUGGGGCAGGCUGAAGUCUUCAGGUGCACUUCACAGUAAGAACCGAAUCAUUUGGAUAUGUUAGAUCUGAUCUAAAGGAGAACAGUUGUUCUUAGCCUAAGAAAGACAUGGCACAUCAGCUGUGCUACCGCUUCCCAUUCCCUGCCUUGUUUACUUACCACUGCCUUCAGUUUGUAAAGACCUGCACGUCUCUGAUAGGAAACCUAGUUUUCCUGCUCUGCUGACGUCAGCCUGGCAGCAGGGGAGCUGUGUGUGACCAGAGGGGUUCCAGCUGAUCCGUGACGCGUUUUAUCUCAUUUCUCUGCUGUCUAACAAAGAGGGGGAAAUCCUUUCCAUUAAAGGAGAGAGAGGGUUGAGUUUACCUGGGAACAGCACAGGGUAUUUUUGGGAGCAAGGCAGAGGAUGCCCAGAAGGAACGAUUGCAUCAUGGCUUUGCUUCAGCACAUCCUGACCUUCAUGCCGUGCUGACUGCGCUUUGGGUUUCUCUUCUGCUUCCCAUGCAAUUACUGGAAAGAAAAAUCAUCUGUAUAUUGAAAAGGCUGAACCUGGGCUGCAGGGAAGGGGCUUUUUUAUGUUGUUUUCUUCUUUGUAAGUGAAGCGAAGGAAUGAAAUGCCAGCUUCCAGAUGGCUAACAAUGAGACUCUGUUUUUAAAGGCACAACUUCCCUUGCGGUCCCCAGGCGUGAUGAAGCGAGACUCCCCCGUGGGCGUGCUUGUAGAAUGAGGUUGUUCUGGGAAUAGUUUCAACAAGUCUUACUGGAGCUCCUGAUGCUUUUCGAGGAGCUGAGUGGCUUCUGCCUGUUGUGCUGUAUUUACCUAUAGGAGCCCUAUAGGCUGGUGAGUUGGGAGGGCUGUGCUGACCCUCCAGAGGCUUUAGGCAGCCCCAGCCCUCCAGGAAAGCAAAGCUGCCUUUUCAUUUCCUCUCACUCACACGACCAAACUUCAAACACAUCUCAGUGCUAUUAUCUCCAUAAGCAGCACUUGUCCCAUUAGCUCUUAAUGAAUUGCAAUGCUGGGAUGCUGUUGUUACACACAACACAGUGCUUUGAGUUGAGAAGGGCACAGUGCUGACAGCUAUACGGUCAGGUAUAGCAGAUGUAGGUGAGCAAUGGGCAGGAGGAGCUGGGGCUGCCUGAGUGCCCUCCUUGACCUGAUGGCUCUCAGGCACAAGUACAGGAGAUGACUAAUCUGUUACUGUAAGGAACAGCGUGAGGUCUGAAUGGAUGGUCAGAGCUGAGUCACUGCACUGCAGCAAUGCCCACUUCCAAAUGCAUUCAUUCCUUAUUCAUCAGUGCACGGUGUGCAGCUCGCAGCCUCCCGGGGUAUUUUUAGUGAAACCAAUCGUGCAUUGGCACAGUGUGUCUCAGCUCACUGCUUUCUACCAUCCCCAACUGCUUUCGACUCCUUGCAGCGCUGGGCUGCUGUUGGCAAUGCAGCCUUCAGUUCCUUUCCAACCUCAAACUUUUCUUUUCUUGCAAAAGCUUUGGUGGGUCUGUGAGCUGGGAGGUUUUCCUGCCAGCUGCCUGUUGGCAGAAGGGCUGCUGUCGUGGAGCAACUGAACUGUAAAUACGCUAUUAGUUGAAUGUCAGGGCUGUUGUUUGAUUUCUUUCUUUCUCUCUUUGCAUUUGAUUUUUGAAACUCUCCCAUGUUUGAUACCGUGGACAAUAAAUUUGCAGACUUUAGAGGA